AUGAUUCUCGUGGUGCUCUACGUCGAUGAUCUCAUCCUGGCCAGCAGCAACAACGAACUCCUCAAGUCAACCGAGAUGGCGCUGAGCAAACGCUUCGAAAUGACGGAUCUCGGUGAGCUCGAUUACUUUCUCGGCAUGGAGAUCAAGAACGACCGUAAGACGGGAAUGGUGACUGUACAACAAACCAAGUUUCUCAAGUCCGUGUUAACCAAGUUCGGAAUGGAUAACAGCAAGCCAGUGAAGACGCCUCAAGAUCCCGGCCUGAAGCUAACCAAGAACAUGUGUGAACAAGAAUGCAAGCACGAAGACACCAUGUGCAACGUGCCAUAUCGAAGUGCUGUCGGAGGCAUCAUGUAUCUCAUGGUCGCCACACGUCCGGAUCUAGCUGCUGCAGUGGGAUCAUUAUCCCAGUUCUCGUCCGACCCAUGCCCGACUCACUGGCAAGCUUUGAAGCGUGUGCUGAGAUACCUGCAAGCAACGCCCAAUCAUGGUCUUGAGUUUACACGUGAAGAAGGAAGCCGUAUCUGCGGGUACACCGACGCAGACUGGGCCGGCGACAUUGAGUCAAGACGAAGUACAAGCGGCUAUGUGUUCAUGAUGAGCGGAGGAUGCAUCAGCUGGAAAAGCCAGAAACAACGGACGGUCGCGCUAUCUUCAACAGAAGCAGAAUACAUGGCGCUUUCCGAAGCAACCAAAGAAGCAGUAUGGCUCAAAGUGCUUUUGGGGGAACUUGGUGAGAUGACAAGUGACGAAGCGAUCAAGAUGUAUGAAGACAACCAAGGAUCAAUCGCUCUCGCCAAGAACCCGGAGUUCCAUAAGAGAACAAAACACAUCGACAUACGCUACCAUUUUGUGCGUGAGAAGGUGGAAUCAGGUGAAGUCGUUUUGGAGUAUUGCCCGACUCAAGAUAUGCUGGCAGACAUGAUGACCAAGCCGAUCGCCGCUGUACAAUUUGAAAACAUUCGCGAUCGACUUGGGAUCCAAGGUGCCGCAGCUAACGAGUCGAGAGGGAGUGUUGAAAAGACAGCGGCUGUGAAGAAGACACCUCGUCAAGCUGCGUCAAGUGUUGAAGCAAGUGGAAGACCAAGCUUCGCUAUACCGGUGGGUACCGGUAUGUACCAGUAA